AUGAAUACAUUUUUAAAUAAUGGCAAUUACAGAAAUAGAACAUUAAAUGUAUCAAAAUGUUUAAAUAUAAAUUAUGAAGUAAAUUCAAUCCAACACUCUUCUUCUAUUUUCUGCCCAAUAUGCAAUAAGCCCUUUAAUUCGAAAAUCCGAAUUAAUCCUUGUUAUCAUAUAAUUUGUAAUAAAUGCUAUUAUUUAAGUGUACUUCAACAAAAUUGUUUAAUUUGCAAUAGCUACAUAAAUGAUGUUGAUUAUAUAUUUAUAAAAGAUAAAAUUUAUAUAUGUCCUUUUAAUGAUUGUAAAAAAGGUUAUUUGAAUGAAAAAAGUUUUAACUAUCAUAUCUAUUUUAAGCAUAAGUUUUUAAAAGAAAAGAAAAAAAUUAGUGAAAAAAGUAGUAGCAGUAGUAUUAGUGAUGUGCAAAAUACAAAAGAAAUAUCUCCCAAAAAAGAAUUGUGUAAAAAUAACUUUUUUAAUUAUGGAAAAAACAAUCAAACUAAAGAAGAUAAUAAAUAUACUAGUAUAGGAGAAAAUGAAAAAGAAUUAAUUUAUGAAUAUAAUAAAAAUGAUAUGAAUCAUGAAUUUUUAAAAAUAAAUAAUAUAAAUAAAAAUUCAGAUGCAAAUUAUACUGAUUCUAGUAAAGUAUCACCUUUUUCUGAUAUAAAAAAACAAAAUCCAGUACAAGAAAAUACAUUUAACAUAAACAAUUUAAUUAUUAAUAAUAAAUCACUUGAUAAUAAUAAUUUAAGCAAUAAAAAUAUAAUAAAUAAUAAUAAUAGUUCUAAAUUUUGUAAUUCUAUGCAAAUUCCUGAUAAAUGGAGUUAUACAAAUGUUCCUUUUAAAUCAGAUUAUAAUAAUUUUAAUUUUUCAUAUAAUGAAAACUCAUCAAUUAAUCAAAAUAGCCAAAAUAAAAAAAACAGUCAAGAUGAUGAUUACGACAACUUAGAAGAUUUAAUGUAA